UGCAUAAUAAAUUACAUACUAACAUAUUGAAUUUUGAUAAUUUUAUGGCUAGAAUAUUCAAUUUACUUAUUAUUUAAAGUUAUUUACUAGUUGAUUAUUUAAGGCAUAAUAUAAUGGAAGACAGCGAUGAAAGCGACAACGAUUCUUCAAAUCCUCGAACUAUACUUUAUAUUUCAGAUAUUCUUCUUCUUAUUGGCAGUAAUGCCCUAUUGGCUAUUGGAAUUGUCGCACAAUCGUACAUACCUAACAUAGAAGUAUUCAUCAAUGAUACCGUAAAACUAGUGCCAAAGGCUGUCAUAAUUAUGAGUAUUGUAAUAUCUUCAGUUUCAGUUAUAUAUUUCGGUGCCAUAGCCAAACGUAGUUCACGCUGUAUGAAAAUUUGUUGUUUAUUUCUGAUAAUGAUUUUCAUCGGCCAACUUGCAAUAGGAGUUACAAUAUUCUUGAAAAGGAAAGAAGCAGAACUUCACAUUAAAAAUCAUCUCGAAGAAACGAUAAAAUCUUAUCUAUCAGAUGAGAAUAUAAAAAAAAAGAUAGAUGAAUUUCACACAAAUAAUCAAUGUUGUGGAAUUAGUAAUUACACUGAUUGGACUCGUAUUUAUAAAUAUGAUGACCUACCACCGUCUUGUUGUUAUGGUAUAGGUAGAAGAAACUGUCAACUAACAGACGAUGAAGUGUUUAAAAUUGGAUGCUAUAUAAAAAUAAAAAAUGUUUUAAAUACCGGAAUAAUUCUGACAGGAAUAAUAAUUUUUCUAGUUUGCGUUCUUGAGAUCCUAUGUUCUCUUUAUGGAUUUUACUAUCAAAAAAAUAUGAAAGAUACAUCUUCGGAAAGUUCCGAAAGUUCGUAAAUUAUAAUAAUGAAAAAUAAACGCUAAACAUAAGAUUUAAUAUAUUAAAUAAAGUAGUAAUGAAU